UCCCACUCCUUCAGCUAUGGACUCCGAACACAGCCAUCUACACAUGCUUUUCUUCCCUUACAUGGCGCAAGGCCACAUGCUCCCCAUGGUCGACAUGGCCAAGGUCUUCGCCGCCCAUGGUGCACGCGUCACCAUCCUCACUACCCCUGUUAAUGCAGCAAUCAUUUGUCCCAACAUCGAUGACUCUAUCAAUCUCCACAUCAUCCCCUUCCCCAUAGCUGAAUUUGGCCUCCCCAGUGGUUGCGAGAAUCGCUCAUUCAUUCUUUCUGAAGACCAACGUAUCAAUUUCAUCAAGGCUAUCGCCUCGCUUCGCCAACCUUUUGACUCCGUGCUUAGAGAUCUCAACCCUGACUGUGUUGUAACUGAUAUGUUCAUGCCGUGGACAUACUAUGUUGCUGCCGCAAGAGGUAUUUUGCGGCUUGUCUUUCAUGGCACCAACAACUUUUCACUCUGUGUCAAAAGUGCUUUCGAGCGUUGUUGCCCACUAGCGGACGAGGUCAACUCCUUUAUCCUUCCCGAUCUCCCACACAAAAUAGAGAUGUUAAAAACUCAAGUCAUGGACUUCAACAAAUUAGCAGGAACUCCGUUGGAGUUCCUCUUGGAUGUACUUAAUGAGGCGGCAGAGGUGGAACCAAAGAGCUUUGGCACGUUGGUGAAUAGUUUCUAUGAGUUAGAGUAUGAAUAUGCUGAUCGUUACGCCGAGAUAAUGGGAAGGGUGUGGAAUGUCGGCCCUGUUUCUCUAAGAAACAAGGAGAUGAAAGAAAAGACAACAAGAGGUGGGGAGUAUCCAGCAUCUGUUAAUGAGUGCUUGAAAUGGCUUGACAAAAAAACAACAGGCUCGGUUAUGUACAUGUGCUUUGGAAGUGGAAGUCUUUUCUCAGUGGCACAACUGAGAGAAAUGGCACUUGGCCUCGAGGCAUCAAGGCAUCCAUUUGUUUGGGUGGUGCGAAAUGAGGGCAAUGAUUGGAUUCCAGAGGGCUAUGAAGAGAGAAUUAAAGAUGUUGGGAUGGUGAUAAGAGGAUGGGCCCCACAAUUAGUGAUAAUAAAUCAUGAUGCGGUCGGAGGAUUUGUGACUCAUUGUGGGUGGAAUUCUAGUUUAGAAGGGAUUAGCGCAGGAUUGCCGAUGGUGACAUGGCCAUUAUACGCAGAUCAAUUUUAUAAUGAAAAACUUUUGGUAGAUAUAUUGAAGGUUGGAGUAAUGGUGGGCUCCAAGGUCUACACUUUUGAUGCAAAUGCGAGGCCGAUUGUGGAGGCAGCCACAUUGGAGACAGCUGUUAGGAGGCUAAUGGGCGAUGGGUUGGAGGCAGAGGAGAGGCGGAGGAGGGCAAAAGAACUUGGGAAGCUCGCAAGAAGAGCUGUGGAAAAGGGAGGGACAUCAUAUGAGGAGGCGGAGAAAUUGAUACAUGAGUUGAUGGACAUAAAGAAUCGCUCAUGA